UAACCUAACCUUAUUUGAGAACUCAAAGUCAGAACGCAGUCGUCGUGCCGGUUGUUUAUGCAAAAACUUAUUGUCAAUUAUAAAGUUACAAAAUGAGUUUGUGGGUUGAUAAAUAUCGUCCUACGAGUCUUAAUAAAUUGGAUUAUCAUACACAGCAAGCGGAAUAUCUAAAAAAUAUGGUUCAAAAAGGAGAUUUUCCGCAUUUACUUGUUUAUGGACCACCGGGUGCUGGUAAAAAGACUCGAAUAAUGUGUAUAAUAAAAGAACUUUAUGGAAGUGGUGUUGAAAGAGUUCGAACAGAAAAUAUGCAUUUUGAGACACCAUCUAAAAAGAAACUUGAAAUAAUGACAAUAAGUAGUAAUUAUCAUAUUGAAGUGAACCCAAGUGAUGUUGGAAUUUAUGAUAGAGUAGUGAUAAUGGAUCUUGUUAAAACCACUGCUCAAACUCAUCAAAUUGAUCCAAGUGGCCAAAAAGAGUUUAAAAUCGUUUUACUAACAAAUGUAGAUCAAUUGACAAAGGAUGCGCAACAUGCAUUACGUCGAACAAUGGAAAAAUACAUCUCAACUUGUCGAUUGAUUCUCUGUGCAAAUUCCACAUCAAGAGUACUUCCAGCAAUUCGAUCACGUUGCUUAGGAAUACGCGUACCCGCGCCUACAGUACCGGAAAUAAAAACAAUUCUUCACUCUAUUAUUAAACGUGAAGGGCUGAAUUUACCAGACGAAUUGGCAACUCGAUUAGCUGAAACAAGCGGUCGGAAUUUGAGAAGAGCGAUAUUAAUGAUGGAAGCGUGCAAAGUUGAACAAUAUCCUUUUACUCUUGAUCAAAAAAUUACUGAACCUGACUGGCAAUUAUACAUUCGCAAUACAGCAAAUUUAAUGGUUGCUGAACAAAGUCCAAAAAAACUUUUAGAAAUUCGCAAUAGACUCUAUGAAUUAUUAACACAUUCAAUACCCUGUGAUUUAAUAUUUAAAGGACUUUUGCAAGAAAGUAUAAAAAAUUGUGAUCUUCAAUUAAAAAUGGAAAUAGCAACAGUUGCUGCAGAAUAUGAACAUCGAAUGCAUCGUGGAUCAAAAGCAAUUUUUCAUUUAGAAGCAUUUGUCGCAAGAUUUAUGAGUAUUUAUAAAAAAUUUCUUGACUCCUCACUGGAAAGUUUUGUUUAAUAUAUUUUAAGAAAAUUAUACAUUAUCAUUCAAUUAAAUUGUUUUUAUAUUCAAUAAAACGUGAGCUUUGUAAAUGCUACAAUUUUUAAUAAAUAACUUUUAUUUUAUACGGUA